CCGGCUUGGUUAGAAGUUGUCAAGUUGACGUUUCCAAAUCUCAUGAAAAGAAUAAGGCUGGAGAAAGACUGAAAAGGAAGAUGAAAAAUGGUAAAUUCAAACGGAACUGAAUUACAAAUAACGAAAAAAAAAAACUUAAGAUCACACGGUAUGGGAAUAUUUGAGCGAAGGGGGAAACAAUUGCCAGCAUUUGCUACUGUUAUCAUCAUCUGCUUCAUUAUCAUUGUGGUCACGAUUCUGUUAUCUAUUACUACGGCGAGGAUCUCAUUCCUUAUUUUUCAUUUUUUCAUUGAUAUUGCAACCUUUGUUUUCUGAAGACCACAGAACUACAUCUAAAAGUUGGACACAAGUAAUGACCAGAUGAAAAUUGCAUUUACACAC